CUCUCCUAAAAGGAGCGCUUAGUUGCUUAGAAGUCCCGUCACUGUGUCUACUUCAUGCAGAGCUAGAGAAUAUUCUGCUAGGCUAUUUACGUCAUUAUAUUCAUCUUACAUAUUGUAAUUAUUUGAAGAAUAACUUAUAUUUUGAUAGGAGAGUUAUAUAGAGUUACAAUGGUGUACUCUAAAAUCGAUAUGAUUGAAAUGUUUGGUGCUGUUAUAAUUUUGAAUUUGUUAACAUGUUCUGUGGCUGGCAUACCAAGUGACAAAGCACAGCGACUCAUUGAGAAUGAGAUGACUCAGAACGAAGCCGAAGAUAUGCAAGACGCUUACUGGAACGAAAUGGAAUGUCUUCAGGAGGGAGGCAUCUGUUUGCCGGCCGAUGAGUGCCCCAAAGGCCAUGAGGCCGCCAAUGGACUGUGUCCUGCUCAGCAGGAAAAUGGAAUCGAAUGUUGUCAUGGAUUGUCAAACAAAGAGAGAGCAUGCUCAAGACGAGGAGGAUUAUGUAGAGAUAAGAUCAAGUGUCCAGAGUCUCUCAGGAUUCCCUAUGCCAAUGAUUGUCAAUCUCAGGAAAUUUGCUGCGCUCUAGUCUAGGAAACACUCAACAACUUUGUAGAAUAUAAUGUCUUAAAAACUACUGCAUCUCAAAAUAUAAAUAUUAACUAUUAGAUUAUUAUAUUUCUGUAAUAAUAUUAUAUUGUAUUGUAUUAGAAGAAUAAAUUCUACGUACAAAAAGUAGCCUAAUCAAUA